AUGCACCACUUACUUUCACUUAAAUUGCACAGUUCAUCAUUCACUGUUAUUCCAAUCAGUUUGAAUGGUUCACGUAGAGUAAAAACUAUUGGUUCUGAGGGUGACACAGAGACUACAUGCACUACCAGCUCCCUSCUUGAUGUGUAUGCCAACCGUCAACAAUAUGAUAAAUCCAAUCAUGUUCUUAAUAUGAAUUUUGUACAGUUUGCAACAGCUUUCAAAGUUGUCAAUGGCAAACUUGAAAAAUUACCUCAUAAUGUGAUUCCACGUAUUUUUCCAACAUACUCUAGCAAUCCAAAAGGAACAAAUUUUGCAUUGUAUUGUAAGUAUCAGCUUCUAAGGUAUAAGCCUUGGACAAUAAAUGAAAACAAUGUAUGGGGAUGUGACGAGACAACUGAUGAUAUAUUUAUCAAUUCAUGGCAUGAUUUUUUGCAAACAGAGUUUGCACAAACCAAUGUACCUGAUUGGUUUGAUAAACUACAAAAUGUUAUCCAAAGUCAAGAGAUUGAUGUAAAUGAAUCUGCUGAGACAGAGCCCAACAAUCGCGAAGAAUGGAUGAUAAUAUCUGACAGACAUACACCCUUUGAACACACUAGUGAAUUAUCAGCAGAAGGUCAUAAUUGGCAGCAUGAUAGACUAAGAUACACUGAACAGCAAAUAGGUGAAAUGCCUACUUGGAUCAAAGUAAAGAAGGAAUAUUUCUCGAACAGUCAGCUUGAAACACUUGAACCAGUAGAUAUAAAUACUUUAACUGUAAUGCAAAGACUUGCAUAUGACGUUGUUAAUGCCCAUCAACAACAUGAUUCAAAUGAUAAGGAGCCACUGUGCCUUAUAAUUAUUGGUGUGGCCGGUACUGGUAAGAGUUAUCUUAUUAAUGCUUUACGCAGCCUAUUGCAAAAUAAGUGUAGUGUCACUGCCACUACAGGAAAAGCAUCUUUUAACAUCCAAGGUAUUACUGUACAUUCAUUGUUAAAGUUACCUGUAGGUCCUAGAGGCGCUAAAGACUUGUCUGGUCAAACCUUAUCAAGGCUCCAAGAGAAACUUAAUGAAAUAGAAUAUAUCUUAAUAGAUGAAUAUUCAAUGCUUGGUCAGACAACCUUUGGUUGGAUUGAUAAACGUUGCAAACAAGCUACAGGUUUUCAUGAUAAAGUACAUGGUGGUAUGUCAAUGAUUUUGAUUGGUGAUCCAGGCCAGCUUCCCCCAGUUGUAGAUAAACCGUUGUAUCAUGCUCAACCAUCAAAUCCUAUUGGAGAACAAGGUUAUUUAACCUAUCAGAUGUUUGACAAAGUAGUAAAACUAACAGCUAAUCAAAGAGUUCAGGGAUCAUCUUCAGAGCAACAGCAAUUCAGGGAGUUAUUACUGAGGCUACGGAAAGGUGAAUCAACCGUUCAAGAUUGGAAAUUAUUGCUAACUCGACAGCCAUCUUGUAUAGAAAACAUUUCUGAAUUUAAUGAUGCUACAAGAUUAUUUUACAGCAAUGAUGAAGUGAGUGCAUACAACCUUGACCAACUGACCAAGCUUAUGGAACCAUGUGCUAACAUAAAUGCUCGCCACUCCUCAGUUACAGCUAAAAGUUUACCAUCUGAUGAAAUGUCUGGCUUACAACCAUCAAUUUCUAUUGCUAAAGGAGCAAAAGUCAUGCUAACAAUGAAUCUAUGGGCAAGUGUUGGCCUCUGUAAUGGAGCAACAGGCACUGUUGUUGACAUAAUAUAUGCAGUUGAUCAUAGACCCCCUGAUUUACCUAUAGCAGUCAUAGUGAGGUUUGAUAACUAUCAAGGUCCUUCGUUAAGAGAAGAUUUACCAAUGUGUGUACCUAUUUGUCCUAUAACUGUAUCAGCUCAGGCAUUAGAAGGCGUUCAAGAAAGACAACAGCUUCCACUUAAACUUGCAUAUGCUUUAACUAUUCACAAGAGCCAAGGCCUUACUUUAUCAAAAGCAUGGAUAGAUAUUGGUAAAUCAGAAAAGACUCCUGGCAUAUCAUAUGUAGCUAUUAGUAGAGUAAAAACUCUGUCAUCUUUAGUAAUUGAACCAAUGACAUUUGAAAGGCUAACGGCCAUCAAAUCAUCUACGACAUUGCAUUAUAGGCUUGAGGAAGAAUCUAGGUUAGAUUAUUUAGCGGAAUCAACAAGAGCGUCACAUGAUACUUAA